AUGGAUGUAAACAACGCCAUUGCACCUCUCUGCGCAAAGGGUUGUGGGUUCUACGGGUCUCAUGAGAACAAAAACAUGUGUUCAAAGUGCUACAAGGAAUUUCUAAAGGCAGAGCUUAUUGUUAAAUCUGAAGCUGAAGUAUUAAACGUGGAAAAACCUUUGAACCCGAUGGUUGAUUUUGAUUUUAGUUCGAGUAGAACAACGUUGAGUGUUGUCGCAUCUGGUUCAGGUUCAAGCGUGAAGAAUAGAUGUAAGAACUGCAACAAGAAGAUUGGUUUGACAGGUUUCAAAUGUCGAUGUGGGGAUAUGUUUUGUGGGAUGCACCGUUACCCAAAAGAACAUUCUUGUACCUUCGAUUUCAAGAAAGCUGAUCGUGAAAUACUGGUUAAACAAAAUCCUGUCGUCGAUGGUGAUAAACUAGCGGAGAAGAUAUGA